AUGGGCACAGUUUGCAGCCCCGCUGUCGCUUUUGAUCCCCGUCUAAGCGCAUCUCUUUGCAAUGAGAUACUGCGCCGCGGUUGGGACGGCGCGACACAUCGCCUAGGCCUCCCCUUUGAGGAGAGUACUGGAAAAUGGUGGGAUACUUACGGCCUGGAAUGCAAUGCAACGGGUGUGGCUGGGAGGCUUGCCCCAGAUCUUGUCGACUUUCACUCUGCUAGGGUUAUACACCCCGAAUUGGAGAGCCAGGCCAAUCCGCUCUUCGGAAAUUUCUUUUAUUAUUUGAUGGCUAUCGCACUUCCGGAAGACUUCUUCGGGUUACCUUCACUCUUUGUUGAAGAGCCGGAUCCAAACCGCUAUCUGUUGCUGUGUCACGCGGCCGAUGUUAUGAGCCAUCCGCUGGGCCUCAUCGAAGUGAUUCUGGAAAGGACCGUGACGGCCUUUCGCAGCCUCCUGAAAGCUAUUGAGGAGCGUAUGCCUCAAUCAACAGGCAUGGCAAGCGCAACCCGAAACAAGAGGACGAUAUUCGAUAUAGCUCAACUUGCUGAAAAACUUGUUACAUCCGAGCAGGUUUCUGGAAACAACUUCGUGGUCAAAAUUCUGCGUGAAAUCGACCGCUCCAUCAAAUCUACCGUACCAAGCCUUCAAUUUAUCGCGCCCGAUCUCCGCAUACCCGGAGUGCACCUCAUGGAUCAGCUGUUUGAGGGCGACCGGAGUGAUGGCACAAUCUUGCUCGCCACCUUUCCGGAUGGUAUUUGGAACCCAUUCCCCUCGCCUUAUACCCGACCGGCCUCGGGUUUCUCCAGCGGCGUUUGGAUUGCCGAGAACAAAUUCGAAUCGCCCGCUUUCGACGAUACGUGCCGGCUUCUGCUAUCGGACCAUUUCCUGGCUAGAGCCCAGCAUUAUGCCAAGUCGACAGAUGGGUUUCUCCUAAAGCAGUCUAUGAAUCAAGGCGAGGGACUAUCGGCGGCUGUUCCGGGUUUUAGAGCACUGGAUCCGAAUGAUUGGAAUGGCACGUGGACGGUGGACGAGCAUGGUGUCACAGGCGGCAUGGAGAAAUGGGCAGAGGCCGACCAGAGUAAUGAUAUGGCAGAAAAGUACCGGUUGCAGUACAUGUGCUAA